AUGGAUAAGUCUUGGGUUUGGCUACCAAGGAAUAGCCUUGAGUAUGAGCAAGGAGCAACUUCUUUUGUCUAUGCAUCAUCAGAGAGUUUGGGUAAUCCUUCUGAAAUGUUUUGUCCCUGCAUUGAUUGCCGGAAUCUGUGCCGCCAACCAAUAAACACUGUUUUGGAGCAUUUAGUAGUUAGGGUAAUGGAUCAGAAGUACAAGAGGAAUACUUGUUGGAGUAAGCAUGGGGAUAUAAGGAACCUUAAGACAAAUGUUGAGCCGAGUAGUGAAUGUGAACCAUAUGAGCUUAUUAGAACUGCCUUUUUUGAUGGUGCAAACAAUUCAGAUUCUGGGAAGCAUGAUGGAGAUGAUACCAAGGAUGCGGAAACCAGAGAAGAAGUUGAUUUUAGGAAGAAGCUUAAGGAAGCUGAAAUUCCACUCUACUCGAGAUGUCUCAAAUACAACAAGGUCUCUGCAUUGAUGGGCCUUUAUCAGAUAAAAGUGAAGAGUGGUUUGUCGGAGAACUACUUUGAUCAGCUACUACGGAUAGUUCAUGAUAUGCUCCCUGGAGAUAAUGUGUUACCAACAUCGACAGACGAGAUCAAGAAAUUCCUGAAAAUGUUUGGUUUUGGCUAUGAUGUCAUUCACGCAUGCAAAAACGAUUGUAUCCUUUACCGGAAAGAGUAUGAGCUAAUUCAUAGCUGUCCAAGGUGUAAUGCUUCAAGAUGGGAGGUGGAUAAGCACACGGGUGAGGAGAAGAAGGGGAUUCCAGCUAAGGUACUUAGGUAUUUUCCAAUCAAGGAUAGAUUCAAGCGGAUGUUUAGAUCAAAAAGGAUGGCUGAGGAUUUAUGUUGGCAUUUCAGCAAUCGCAGUGAAGAUGGUACAAUGCGACAUCCAGUUGACUCAAUAGCUUGGGCUCAAGUGAAUGAAAAAUUGCCACAGUUUGCUGCUGAACCAAGAAACCUUAGACUAGGUCUUUCAACUGAUGGAGUAAACCCCUUUGCGAUGCAGAAUACAAAGUAUAGUACAUGGCCGGUUUUGCUUGUUAACUACAACAUGGGUCCAACAUUGUGCAUGAGGGAAGAGAACAUUAUGUUAACAUUAUUGAUUCCUGGACCUACUGCACCAAGCAAUAACAUUGAUGUUUAUCUAUCACCAUUGAUAGACGACUUAAAAGAUUUAUGGAGUGAAGGUAUUGAGGUUUAUGAUUCAUUCUUAAAGGAGAGUUUCACACUGAAAGCUUUGUUGUUGUGGAGUAUUAGUGACUAUCCAGCCUUAAGUACAUUGGCUGGUUGUAAAGUCAAGGGAAAUCAAGCUUGUAAUGUAUGUGGGAAGGAUACACCUUUUAGGUGGUUGAAGUUCAGUCGAAAGCAUGUGUACUUAAGCAAUAGGAAGAGACUUAGACCUGGGCAUCCUUACCGGCGCAGAAAAGGCUGGUUUGACAACACAGAUUUGCCUGUCCGGCAGAACAUCGAUAUCAUGCAUGUAGAGAAGAAUGUUUCUGAUGCUCUAGUGUCUAUUUUGAUGCAAAAUGCAAAAUCAAAGGAUGGGGUUAAAGCACUCAAAGAUUUGGAAGAUAUGGGGAUUGGUAGCAACUUACACACACAGAUGAGGGGGAAAAAAUAUACUUACCUCCAGCUGCUUAUUGGUUGUCUAAAGAAGAGAAAAAGAGAUUUUGUACAAGGUUGUCGAAGUUCAAAGGACCUGAUGGCUAUUGUGCGAAUAUCGACAAUUUGA